AUGUCGCUCCGAGCAGCUUUGCUGCGCGUGGCCAUUUUCACCCUUCUGGCAAACUGCGAUGCUUUUCAAUUCAUCACCACAAACACUUUGCCAUCCAACGACCUUUCCGCCAAUUGUAUCGCCAGCUUGACAAAAGAUGUCCCCAACUGUCCACGCCAAAUCAGCACCUUCUCAAAAGGGUCAUAUUUUGAAGUUGAUGCUCUUGAAGAAGCUUGUACAGCCGAUUGCGCAGCCUCGAUAUCUGCGUAUAGCUCAGCAGCCAAAAGCGCGUGUGGCCCCACGGAUGUUUACAACAUCUCAGACACACGUACUGCACCCAUCUCGUUCGUUCCAGAAUUACUCUACUACUACUUCAAUCGGACUUGCCUGCAAGAUGGCAAUCGUUGGUGUAAUCGAGUCGCAUACGAGAUGUCAAAUGGUACCACGCCAUCUCUACGCAUGUUUGGUGGCAACGAGACUGCCACUCUGAAUGCAUCUGCUGAAGCCAUUCCGUCUCCAAUCAUUAGAAGACAAGAACAGAUGGAGAUCGACAUGUGCGAUAAUUGUGUGAUCAAGCAGUACCAGUUCCAAGCCGGAUCACCAAUCAAUGGCGGAUAUGCACUUCAGGCGAAUUAUAGCUCUUUGACGGCAAGCUGUUCGAAGACUGGAUUUCCUUUGGCGACCUCGACUGCCCCCUUCGAAGGACCAACUCCCACCCCCACUGCACCGGGAAAAUGUAAUGGCAAGACGUACACAGUUAAGUCUGGCGACACUUGUCAAUCCAUCUCCAAAGCCGAGAACGUUGCUACUUCUUGGCUUCUCGCGGAUAAUGGACUCAAGGCAUUUUGUGCAGAGUUCCCUACCACUGGUGAUAUCUGCAUCCAGAAUACCUGCAGCACCUACACAGUCAAAAAGGGUGAUACUUGCCUUAAUAUAGCGAAGGCGAACAGGAUAAGUCAGGUGCAAUUAUAUACAUGGAACCCCGUUCUUGGAUAUCUGUGCAAUGGGAUCGAAAAGUCGGUCGGCGACACCAUUUGCGUGACUCCGCCUGGUGACCAAGACUUCGAGCCCAACCCAACAACAACACUAAUCCCCACGCCUAUCCCCACUGCAACGCCGACUGCAGUCCCUGUCCCUGGCGACCUUGCAAACGGUACAAACACCAAUUGUGCCAAGUUCUACCAAGUCCAGCCAGAAGAAUACUGUAACCUCCUCGUCAUCAAGUUCAGCAUCAGCCUCGACGACUUCCGCUUCCUCAACCAAGGUAUCAACGACAAUUGUACAAACCUCUUUGCAUUUGAGAGCUAUUGUGUCGAACCCGUAGGUUCCGUGAAUGAGUACCCAAGUCACCCCGACUACAUGCCUCCUGCAACGUCGGUGGCGGAGAUCCCGUACAACAGCCUCCCUAAGGCAACGUUUACCGCGCCCCCGAUACUCGGGUUGCCGACUCCAUCACCAUUGGCUAAGGGGACAAGGAAAGAUUGCUUUUUGUUCAUGAACGGUGCGAAUUUGACUGUUGACGAGACGAUGCUGCAAGCGUAUUCGUCGUCUUGUGCGGCGCUUGCUAGAGGAUGGGGGAUUACGUUGGAGGAGUUGGAGAACUGGAACCCAUCUCUGAUAACUAACUCUACCGACUGUGCCCCAGCAAAAGACCUUCGCUACUGCAUGGCCGCAUACGGCAGCGGCUCGCCCGUAAGCGUCACGCCUACCGACGAAGGAGUAGAUUACUAUCCGAUCAGAGAAGGCGCCAUUGCGGGAUGUGUCGAAUAUGAACCCGUCAUCCGGCCAAUGACGUGCCAGUCCUUCCUCGAUCGAAACCACAUCACUAUCGCGCAGUUCUAUAAAAUGAAUCCCGCCGUCGGCCCAGAUUGCACAGGUUUAUGGCUUAACUACCGCUACUGCGUAACCACCGACGCCCUCCCUACCGACAUAAUCUCUAGCACCUUCACCCCGACCCCGACCCCCACAUCUGCCACCCCUACGUCCACCGCACCCGCCAUCCCAGGUCCCACACACCCCGGUACAGUUGCUGGAUGCAAUAAAUGGCAUGUUGUUGGUUCUGGUGAUACCUGCUGGACUAUUUCCCAACUCUAUGGUAUUGGGCUUGAUACAUUUUAUAAAUGGAACCCUGCCGUCCAGAAUGAUUGCACGACGAAUUUCUGGCCAGACUAUGCGUACUGCGUCGGGAUAUCGAGUUAA